AUGUCUUUGAGAUUGAUGACCAGCCAUGCAUGGUGUCGUGGCCGCAUCCAGGCUGCAUUGACUCGGGCUUGGAUCAUGCGUGUCCCCAUUUUGCAAAGCGCCUCGCCGGCGUCUCUCGUUGCCGACGUGCUUCGACGCGAGGUGCUCGAAAAGAACGGGCAGCAGUCAUCAUCCGCAGCCCCCUGGAUCAUGAUUGACUUUUGCGCCGGUGGUGGCGGACCGACGCCCAGCAUCGAGCGCAUCCUCAACACCAGCCAAAGCCGAAAGGACGGCAAGGCUGCCCCGACCCAGUUUGUCCUCACAGACUUGCAUCCGCAUGUCGAAGAGUGGGCUGCCGCCGCUGCCGCCAGCCAGCACGUCCGCUACGCGGCGCAGCCCGUGGACGCCUGCGACGCCGAUCCGAAAGCCAUCCUCAGCGAGGCCUUUGGGGCCGGAUCGUCCACCACCCAGCCCACCACAUUGGCCGACGCCCGUGUCUGUCGCCUGUUUAGCCUGGCUUUCCACCACUUUGACGACCCCCUCGCACGCGACAUUCUCAAAAACACCGUCGAGACCAGCGAUGGCUUCGGCAUAUUUGAGUUGCAGGACCGGUCCCUCAGUGCGUUUGUGACCACGCUCAUCUUUGGGCUUGGCAUCCUGCUGACUGCGCCCUACUACGCCUGGCGCUGGCGGUCGCCCAUGACGCUCGUGUUCACAUACCUGAUCCCCAUCCUGCCAUUUGUACUCGUGUUUGACGGCUGGAUGUCGAUGCUGCGGACGCGGACGCCGGACGAGGUGGAGGCGCUUCUGCGGACAUGUGGGGCGUCGACAGCCGACACGGACGCGUGGGAUCUGCGCAGUGGCGAGGUGCAGCACCUGUGGCCGUGCGGGUACAUGAAGUGGAUUGUGUGCACGAAGAAGGGACCGGCUACCAAGGCUCUGUGA